AUAAUUCAAUCUUCUUCAAUCCAUCGUCAUAAAGGCAUACCUUUUAUGCAUUACUAUGCAUGUAAUUUGAAUGCCGCAAACCAUACUACGAUAAUGACGCAGUAAUUCGUGCCGGGACGAUUUUUAAAAUUUCUGCGUUUGGAUUAUUGCGCUGUUGCGGCGUUGCGGCGAUACCAUUUUAUAACAACAACACGAAAGGCAUAAUAGGUGUUUUGGAUUGCCAGCUUAGGUAGAUGCUAUGUCUGAGUAAUGAAAAUGAAGUCUAAAUAUUGCUCAGAGCAUAGAAAGAUGCUGGAACAGGUAUAUGGUUCUCACCAUCACUUGUGAUUUUGAUCAGUAGCUAUAUACCUACUGGCGUUGUGGAUCAGGAAUUGAUCUGAGCCGAGUGGUUGGGUUAAAAGUUUUUACCAGAAAUAGCAAAAAAGUGGUUAAUUCAGCAUUGCAAGAUGGCGCCAUGAUGGACGAGACAGUGAUGGUGGACCACUCGGGCAUGGUGGACCACACGAUGGUCGGCCACACCAUGGUCGGCCACGCCAUGGAGGACCACGCCGGCAUGGAGUCGGGCGGUAUCGAGUUCACCGACGAGACGCUGCAGCUGCAGCAGGAGGACGUGGUCGGCGAGGAGGAGAGCUGGGACCGCAUCGAGCGACUCAAGAUGGCCAUCCAGGCCGUCGAGGUGGACGAGAUCCCGUGCCGGCGCGCGUCGCGCCUCUUCAACCUGCCCGAGUCGACGGUGAAGGUGAACCGUCCGGGCCGAGCGCCGGCGCUGCCCGCCGACGUCGAGCAGAGCGUUAUGAAGCACGCGGCCGACAUGUCCGACCUGGGCCACAGCUACAGUACCAAGGAGUUCCUCGAGCUGAUCGCAGAGGUGCAGCAGUACCUCUACCCAGAGGAGUCGGCCUUCAAGGACGACCUGCCGCACCGUAGCUACCUGAAACGCUUCAUGACCCGCUGUCCCGAGCUCACUGUCCGAAAACGCAAGGUGGUGCCCACAACCGGAAAGAUCUUAGGCAGGAACGAGGCAAUGGCAAACUAUUACUACCGACUGGAGGAACUGCUCGACGACAAUGACAUAAAGGACAAGCCGGACCACAUUUUCCUGAUGGAGGAGUCUGUGAUCGGUCACGGCGACUCUACCCAGGGCGAGGUGCUGUUCCCGCCGGCGGCCAAGAUGUCGCUGGACGAGGACGAGGACGAGGACCGCGAGAUGACCACGGUGGUCGGCUGCGGAUCGGCGCACGGCAACCCCCUGCCGCCCUUCAUCGUCUACAAGGGCUUCAAGAAGAAGAACGAGCUGCUGGACGGCGCGUACCCGGGCACUGGCUGCGCCGUAUCUCCGAACGGUCUAAUGAACUCUGACACGAUGGUGAAGUUCCUGUACCACGCCGACACCUACUUCCCGGUGGAGCGGCCGGUGCUGCUGCUCUACAACGGCCAGUCGCCGCACAUCUUCUCUCAGAUCAUCCACGUGGCGCGUCAGAUGGGCAUCGUGCUGUUCGUGAUGCCGCCGUACGCCACCAACUCCCAGAUGAGCUCCGACAUGAAUUACUUCAUCAGCCUGAAGGGCUCCUGGCCCGAGGCGUGGACCGCCUACAUGAAGAAGUACGGCGCUCACAUGGUGUGUCGCGGAAACAUCGCCAAGAUUGUGACGGAGGCGUACCCGCGCGCCAUGACGUCCACCAACCUGCGAACGUCGUUCCGCACUAUGGGCAUCCUGCCGUUCUCGCCGCCGGUCACACCACGGCCCUACACGCGGCCGGUCAUGAUCAAACCCUCCGACCCGGAGAAGACGUACAACCGGUACCGGGAGACACUGAUGCCGCAGUGCCAGGGCUGCGCGCUCCACUGCCCGCGACCCAUGAAGCUUGAGCCGCUGGCGUUCGCGUCGACCUCGACGUCGCAGCGCCGCGCGCCCACCACGCCCAGACAGCCGCGGCAGUCGAAGCCGGGCAAGAAGAAGGGCCAGCGCGGCCGCCAGAGCCAGGCGGCGGCGGUGGCGGCGGCGGCAGCAGCGGCAGCGGCCGCCGCCGCCGCGGCAGCCAACACGGCCGGCAUGGGCGGCACCGUGUGCGAGAUCUGCCUGCAGUCGUGGGACGAGUCGGGCCCCGGCCAGACGUGGAUCGGCUGCGACAAGUGCGACCGGUGGCACCACCUCAUGUGCAUCCCGCCCAACAAGCGGCCGCGCAACUUCGAGGACGACACCUUCCUCUGCCGCCACUGCGACGACGAAGACGACGGCGAAAUGAUGUGAGGCCGGCCCGCCGGCGGCGACACGGCGCCCUGCCGAGCACGUGCACAUAGCCAUCGCUCUCAUCCUCCGACCGCCCGCGGCCGCCACCGGGCUAGUCCGCCAUUCCGUUGACCGUAGUGCGUAGAAUAGGCCGUUGCCAUUGGUAUUUUGUGCACGCGCCGCGGCCGCUGUGUGUAGCCUGGAGAGCGGCGGCGGCGCGCCGUGCAUCGCCUCAGUUUGUGUUAUUGCGUGCGAUGGCCACCUGCGCGGCCCUGCAUGAACUCUCCGCCGCGUGAGGGACUGGUGUGCUUGGUCCGUGCGGACUCCGCGUCAUUUGUUCAAGUCUGGUUUGUUUAACUGCUGCGCGACUGCGAGCGAAAAUGCCUUGGCCAAUACAUUGAUUGGAUCAUCA